CGGAACGUGACGGCCAGCUUGACUGCAGUUCCAAGUCUGUUGCUGUGUCCCAAUUCAGGGUCUGCACACUUUGAGUGCGCGUUUUAAGUGCGUUUACGUCACUGUGCCGCGGCGAAGGGUGUCCCAAUUCAAAGUGUUCUCAUAAUGAAAGAUGAGCUGACUGGACAGUAAACAUGGGUCAGAGAGAAGAUGCCCAGCUGUCCUGUCUUAAUGUCCUCACCUACCACAGAGAGCUGCUGGUGUCCAGGUUGAGGAGCAUCCAGUGCAUCUUGGACAACCUGUCGGCCUGUGGCUUCCUCUGUGAAGAGGAUGUGGAGAUCAUACAGAGAACUGUCACAAAGGCAGAUCAGGUGCGAAAAAUCUUGGAGCUUGUCCAGUGCAAAGGGGAUGAGGCCUGUGAAUAUUUCAUUUACAUCAUAUAUAAAGUAUGUGAUGCAUACAUAGACCUCCAGCCAUGGUUGAAAGAGAUCAACUACAACCCAAGUAAUGACAUUGCGUUGAUGAAAGUGGUUAACACAGAUCCCAUCAGCAGGUAUUCAUCAAAGUUGAGGCAUGAGAUGGGCCGGGACACCAACUUCAUCAUGUCGUACGGCCAGAGAGCGGAGACCCGCCUGGAGGACUUGUACACUGACACACUGAUGGAACUGUUGAAUGACUCUGAUGAAAGUCUGGGCUUUUUGGAGAGUCUAGACCAGCUCCUAGGAGACCAUGCUGCCUUCAAUCCCCAGGGGGAAACAACCUAUGUGAUGGGGGAUGUAGGUGUGGGAAAAUCUAUCCUCCUUCAGAAGCUCCAGAACCUCUGGUCCAAGAAAGAGCUACAGACUGACGCCAUCUUCUUCUUUAAAUUCCGCUGUAGGAUGUUCAGUGUCUUCAAGGACACCGAGCAGGUCUCCCUCAGAGACCUUUUGUUCAAGUACAACUGCUACCCAGAUCACGAUCCAGACAAUGAGGUGUUUGAUUACAUCCUGCGCUUCCCUGAGAAGAUUAUUUUUACAUUUGAUGGCUAUGAUGAGAUCCAGGAUGAUCUGGACCUGAUCAAUGUACCUGAGGUGGUGUCGCCUGAAGAAAAGGCACACCCCCUCCAGCUGCUCAUCAGCCUGCUCUGUGGGAAACUACUAAAGGGCUCCCAGAAGGUGCUGACGGCCCGGACAGGGAUUGAGCUCCAGAGUAGAGUGAUCAGAAAAAAGGUGGCUCUGCGAGGCUUCUCCCCCACUCACCUGAAGACCUACAUUGAUCUGCACUUCAGGGAGCAGGAGCACAGAGAGCUGGUGUCUGUCCAGCUGGAUGCCAACCCCCACCUAUGUGGACUAUGCUCCACCCCGCUGUUUUGCUGGAUUGUAUUCCAGAGCUUUAGGCACCUGCACACUAUGCAUGAUAGUUUUCAUCUGCCUGAAACUUCCAUUACACUCACUGACAUCUUCCUGCUGCUGUCAGAGGUGUUCCUAUGUCGCUCAGCCUCACCUGCACAUAACCUGCUGAAGAAAAGCACUCGGUGUGCCUCAGAAACAUUUAAACGGGGGCUCAAGCCUCUCGCAGCUCUCGCUAAACUGGCCCUUCAGAGUAGUGAGAGAGGUAGCUUCAUUUGCAGCCAGGAGGAGAUCACUGUGUGUGGCCUGGCAGAGGAGGACCUGCCCCUGGGCUUUCUUAGACCUGUCAGCGAGUGUGAUGGCAGUCAAAGCCCUGCUACAUUUGAGUUUGUCCACAUCACCCUCCAGUCUUUUCUGGCUGCGUUUGCGCUUGUGUUGGAUGAGCAGGCUGCUGCCAGCUCCAUCCUCAGGUUCUUCACAGAGUGCAGCAGGAAAAGAGACUCAGCCUGUUUGCCUUUUCCGUCUUGUAUUCGUGGCUCUUCAAAGCCCAGUGAAAAGCAACUGUUUGCAACUAACGAACACCUCCAGUUCACUAAUCUGUUCUUGUGUGGACUGCUGUCCAAGGCCCAACGCAGCCUAAUGGAGCAUCUGGUAUCACCAGUGCUACUGAAGAAAAAACAGGCCUUACUCAAAUCCUACCUUUCCACCAGAGUCAAGUCCAGUCUCCGUGGCUUACCCCACUACCACAGUGACGAGGGCAAGAAAGUCCAUGUUAUGCCCAACUUCCUUUGGACACUGAGGUGCAUCUUUGAGACAGGGAGCAAAGAUAUUGCUCAGAUGACAGCCAGAGGGAUCACAGCUGGCCUGAUCAAGCUGGGUUACUGUAACAUGUACUCAGGUGACUGCACCGCCCUCAACUUUGUUCUGCAGCACCGUCAGAAACCCCUAGGACUAGACAUGGACAACAACAACAUCAGUGACUAUGGGGUGAUGCAGCUUAAGCUCUCCUUCAGUAAAAUCACAGUUGUGAGAUUGUGUGUAAAUCGCCUGACUGACACCAGCAUUGAGAUUCUUGCUGAGGAGCUAUGUAAGCACAAAGUUGUGGAAGUCUUGGGGCUAUACAACAAUAACAUCACAGAUGCUGGAGCCAAGCUCGUUGCUCAGAUAAUUGAGGAAUGCCCAAAGCUGCGAGUCCUCAAGAUUGGUAAAAACAGCAUAACUGCUCUUGGCGGGAAGUAUUUGGCCAGCGCAAUUCAGAAGAGCACUUCUAUAUUUGAUGUGGGAAUGUGGGGGAACAGUAUUAGCGAUGAGGGAGCAGAAGCAUUUGCAGGAGCUUUGAGGCACCACCCAAGGCUCACCAACCUCAGUCUCUCAGCCAAUUGCAUCACUUCUAAAGGUGGACAGUGCCUGGCAGAAGCACUGAAAGAGAACAGCGUCCUCAGGAUAUUUUGGCUAGUGCAGAAUGAGUUGACCGAUGAUGCAGCUCCACAUUUGGCUGAAUUGGUCCAAGCGAACACAGGUUUAAGCCACCUCUGGUUAAUCAACAACCAGUUUACUGUGGAUGGCAUCAGACAGCUUGCUGAGGCCCUCACUCACAACUCAACAAUCAAAGAGAUAUGUGUGAAAGGAAACCAGCUCUCUCCAGAGGAAGAGAAACAGUUUGAGGCAGAGAAAAGGCUGCGGUUCCACUGACUGGGAACUCUUGAGAAACGGAUUGCUCUCAAGACAGAAACACAGAUGUGUGUCCACUGAAUCAUGCAACAUUCUGUCUGCCAGCAUACAGUCACACUGUCCGCUUCAGUGGAAACACUUGGCAUUGAUUGCAUCUUUGAUCAUUGAUGAAGCCAUUUUUACACUGUGUCAUGUUCCUGUGGAGAUUUUUACAUGACAUGUCGACAAAUGUCGAACAGGUUUGAUUGACUGUUAAGGGAAAAGGAAGUAGAAGCACCAGUGAAAAAACACUUCCUUUUUCAUGAACCUUUGUAUGGAGCUUGUUUUUGUUUGAACUAUUUAAUUUAUUAUCUGACUGUUACUCGUGGUCCUGCGUUUUACAGUGUUUUGCUGUCUGAAUGUGUUCUGUGGUGUACUUCAGCGUGAAGACAGCAUUGUUGAUGCAAUAUGUACUGUUUGUGCUCUCUUUGUAUUCCUGAUCUGUGUCAUUCUGUAGACCUUCGGCACAGCUCACUUAGUAACCUGUUGACAUAAGAAACUCGUAAAAUGAAUGAAUGAAAGAAUGAACUAUUCAACAGCCACUGUACUGGCAUAUAGUACAGUGGCUGUAUGAGCCAGCAUGGACUCAAUAGGACUGUCCAGAAACUGAUGACCCAUUGAGAAAGGUAACCAUAAUUGAGGUUACAAAUCACCAGAUCACACCAGUGCUCCCUCCUGGAUAAUAUUUAAGAAUAUCUUCUGUGAAACAGGCUUGUUAUUCCUCCUUGAUUAUGAUGAUAUUUGAGGAAACUCUUGGUCAAUGUGACCACAGCUUUCCCUCCUCACACAGAAGAAGGCCACUGAACAUCAUCUAUUUUUCAAAUGGCACACAAACAAUUGAGUAGAACACUUCAUACCCAGUCAUCAGGAUAAAAUAGACCAUAAGCACAAUGUUGUCACAAGAUACAUAUUGAAAAAUGUAAUGCUAAAUAAAAAAAAAACAAAGUUUCAACUUAUCUGUUGUUUUGCAGAAACUAACUUAGCCAACAUUUAUUUUUAAUUAUUGCCAUUAGUCCCAAUACUUCAAUAAAGUAAGGGACUUAUGGCAGACAAAACAUCAGAUGUGACAUCCCAACUUCCAGGUCCUUAAAUUGUCUUUAAUUCAGUUUUAUAAUGUUAGGCCUUAAAAGUCCUUAAACUUUCUUACAUUUGAAUUUGUGAAGGCUUUUUUGCUCCCUUCCGUUCUUUUUCUUUUUCUGCUUUUUCCAUGAAGGUCCCGGGGAUGUUGCUGCUUUUAUCCCCCUAAGGGGUUGCAGGGUUACUGGGGCCAAAUCCAGUUUACUCUCUGAGCGGCAGCUCAUCACAGGACCCUUACUGAUGGCAGAGGCUGCAACACAGGUGCCAACUGCACAUCAGUCAAGCUCUUUUUAACCUCCCACUGAAACUAAUGUGCUUAAACAUUAAACUGUAGAUUCACCUAAAUCAUUUUAAAAAUUGUAUUCCUACACAGGACCUACGUCUCCAUGGGAUUACACACAGUUUAGUGGUUGUAUAAAAAAUAAUUAUUUGUCAAAAAUCUGUCUUGAGUUUGGUUGAAAAUGAUCUUGAAAAGGUCUUUUUUAGCAUACAGACUGUCUGACACCUGUAGACAACCUGUUCUAGUUCUAGUAUGGGUCAAGCUCCAAAAACACUGGAGCCUUCAAUUUCCCAUAAUGCUUGAUAGCAUCAUUUAUUUGAACAUUCUUUCCUGGUAAAUGCCCACAUACAGUAUUACUGGAAAAUUGAGUUUUACAUUUAAAACCAACCGAAGUUCUCCUAUAAUUUUCCUACCUACCUGUAAAUAAUUGAACCACCAUCACCAUCAUUAUCAGUCCGUACAACAGCCUGUCCUAACUUGUACACAAAAGUAACAUUCUUCACUUGACUUGCACUCAGCUUUCACAGAAGUGUAUUUGCAAAAAUGAGCACAGUAAUGACACUGUUAGGCUGAUUAGAUGGCUGGAUAUUUACCAAAAAAAUUUGGAUUAGCUUCAAACACAAAAUUUUACAUAAAAAUGCAACAAGUACAAGAAAAUGAUUAUCCAAAGGAUUCACUCUUAAUUGCUUUUUGUACAUAGUUUUACAGAGAAGAAGUAUGUCAGUAUGUUUUACGUUAAGGUUUUCCCUCUGUAUCAGUCACAUUCACACGUUCUGUGUUACAUUCCAUCGGGUGGGGUUUGCUGGGGCUCAGAACUUGCAACAAAUAAAUUAUUACAGUGCUAAAAAGUGCUUGACUGAUUCUAAAGCAGCUCAUGUAAGGCUUCUUUUAGGGCAGUACCCUCAGUGUCUCUCGCACUGCCAGUACAACUAAAGACCACACAAUCUGUCCCAGAACUGAGGAAAUACACCACUGACUUCGUCCAAACUCACUGCUGUGGCUCAAACACCUAAAACACAGUCUGAAGGGGACUUCCUAUUGUAUGUGCAAAUAGAGGAAGCCCUGAUGUGUGGUAGUUGCAAAAUAUCAUGUGACAUAUUUGAGCUGAAACAAUGUAAAAACAGAAGAAUCUGAUGUUGUCCAGUGAAAGCCCGGAGACACAGUAUAUUUCCAUGAAAACAAGUGUCUCUGUCCACUGGGGAAGGACAUGUGAUGAAUGGACGCCCCUGCCUUUUCCUCGAUACCUUUCCACAUUAAUCCUCAGUUUAAAGGUUUCAUCUUUUCUCUUUUGCUGCUGGAGGUGUUAUGUCAUCAUAUCUAUUGAAGGCUGGAUUUGUUACACUUUUCUCUAAACUUCACAGACAAAUAAAGAGACAUCACUAGUCAGUGUCA